AUGUCUAUUGCAUAUUACUUUUCAGGUAUCAUUAUGGAAGUAGUCCACUCAGUAAAGGAGAGGACUAUUGCAGAAAAUAGCCUAGUCAUCCUUUUACAGGGACUGCAUGGACUUACAACUACUGUAGAGAUGCGAGAUGAAAGCUCUGCUAAAGGAUUAGUUAUAAAUGUAGAUGCUUUCAUGAACGUACGCCUAGAAAAGGUCACUUACAAAGACCGUGAGGGCAAGGAAUCCAAGCUGGAUGAUUUGUUUAUCAGUGGGCGCAAUGUGCGCUACAUCCAUAUUCCAGAGGAGGUGGAUAUGAUUCACACCAUUCAGGAGCAGCUGAAGAAAAUACAGAGUAUCCGUGGAUUUGGUGGAAAGGGAAGAAAAGAAUUUCCUUCAAAGAAGUACAAAUGA